GAAAAAUGUAAAAUAUUUUUGGAAAAUGCGAUAAGAAAUCGCACAAGUAACAAACUCGUUCUAAUGCUUAUCGAUGCAUGGCGAUCGGAAUUUCUCUUUGGUUCACAUGAAAAUAAUCAUAUGCCAUUUUUGAAUAGAUUACGUCUUUUCGAUCACGUAUCAUCAUAUAACGCUCAUCUUCAACCACCAACCGUGACAAUGCCUAGAAUAAAGGCUAUAACAGCUGGUAUAAUUCCCUCAUUUGUUGAUGUUCUUUUAAAUUUUGCUUCCGAUUCGAUGAACGAUGAUAAUAUAAUUGAUCGCUUAUGGAAAUCUGGCCGCAGAUUGAUGUUUUGUGGCGAUGAUACUUGGUUGAAAUUGUUUCCUGGUCGAUUUCUUGAUCGAUCUGAAGGCAUUGUAUCCUUUUAUGUCAAUGACUAUAUAGAAGUUGGUUUACUAAUUUCAUCGCCAUCAAUUUCUUUAAUUUUUCGGACCUCUUUAUUCUCGAACGAUUGGACAGCAUUCUCUGAUCUUCAGGUGGAUAAUAACGUGACACUUUGUUUGAAAAAAGAACUAACUAACGAAACGAUUUCUACAUGGGAUGUUAUGAUACUGCAUUAUUUGGGACUCGACCAUAUUGGGCAUUCGCUGGGCGGUGAAAGUAAUAUUCUCCAUAAAAAAUUGAAAGAAAUGGAUGGAAUCAUUGAAAACAUUUAUGACACGUUAGUUCGUGUUCAUAAUUCGAAUUUUUCCAUGCUCAUUUUUGGCGAUCAUGGUAUGACCGAAGCAGGUAAUCAUGGAGGAUCAUCGGAAAAAGAAGUUAAUGUGCCAUUAAUAUACAUUGAUGGACAAAGAAUCCAAGGUGCUCGAUCUAUAUUAUUUUCUGCAAUUUAUUCUAUUGAACAGAUCGAUAUCGUACCUACUCUAGCAUCAAUAUUCAACUUUGAAAUUCCUGUUAAAAGUCUUGGCAUAACGUUUGUUGAUCAAUUAGUGCCAAGAAAAAGAAAAAAGGACUAUCUUAUGCCAUUGGUAUCGUUAUUGAAAAACAGUUAUCAGAUAACUGGACUUCUGGAUGUUGCAAAUGCACACUUGAAUAAUUGUAUAGAAGAUUGUAUCAAAAAUCUGGAGGGAUUUUGUCACAAACGCAACUUGUCUCAAAUAUCGCUAGCAUCUAAUAUUGCAAGUUGUAAGAAGUCUCUUCAUUCUGUGCAAGAAAAAUUGAUGACAAAGGAAGCUGCGUUCAAAAGCUUUUCAUACAUUUUUUUGGGGAUUUGUAUAUCAAUCAUGGUCUCAUGCAUUUCUAUAUGGUUAUUGUUCAGUACAGUCGCUAUAGCACAAACGGUUGCAAAGACGCAUAAUGAGCCUUUCAUGAAUGGUUAG